CCUUAAGGUAGUUUUAUCGAUUAGACAAUCGUAUUAAUAUUUAAAAAGUAUAUUUGAGACCAUCUCGUUAUAAGAAUCGACUACGAAUAUAUUCUGGGUUUCCGGCUACGGUUCAGUUGAUGUUUCAAAUGCUUUGGAAGUCGUUUCGAUCAUAACACCAAUGGAUAAACGUCGGAUAAUCACAAGAGUUAAUAAAUUUUGCGACAAACAAAUUUUGCAACGACAAGUGUUUUAUUAACGAUGACAUCAUCGUUGCGGCGAUUUUACGCUUUGAACGCCGCUCGCUGCAAGUGAGACAGGUGCUGACUCAGUAACGCACUACACGGUUGUAGUUAUUAUUACCUGCUUGUUGCUGCUGAUCUGCUUGACUUGAAACAUUUCUAACGAAAAGCUUUACAUGAGAGCUCCUGUCAAAAAGGAUCAGGUAUUUGCAAGAGAGCGAAAGAAAUCUAGGUUGACGUUAAGUGACAAGUAACUUAGCCGCAAGAUGGAACAAUGCGAAACGACGGACACGCGAGCGUGGGUGAAGGAAAGAUACCAGGAGGUUCAGAGACUGACGAACAAGCGCGAGACUAGUCCGAGCGAGUUGCACGAGGGCAGGUGCAUGGCUGUGAAGAUUUUAACGGAGAUACUGGAAGCGCUGACCAAGGAUGCCCUCUGCAACACGAUGGCCGCGAUAACUCACCUGAACAUAGGCAUCUUGCAGUCGGACAUGCAGGAGCCGCAGCUGGCCAAGGAGAACUUCAGGAGGUGCAUCGGUCUGCUGAGCGCGAGCGAAUCGACGCCCGAGGGUAUCCUGCCGGCGAUAAGCGCCAACAAUCAAAUAGGCAUCGUUCACGCGCAGCAGGGGGCAUACGGCAAGGCCAAAGACUUCCUGGAGCAGGCUGAAAAUCUGUACAUCAAGUUUACGGAGGACGUGCAGCUCGAGCCGGUCAACAUGGUGACCAUCAUGGGCAUCGAGGAGAUCGAGGGGGACCUGUGCGCGAGGAGUGUCCUGGAGAAGCUGCACACGUUGACCCUGUACUACCUGGCGCAGGUGUGCCGCGAGCUGGACGACAAGCAGAGCUUUGCGCUCUACUGCCACAGGACGUUGAGCAAGCAGCUGAGCCUGAACAGCAUUACCCGGGACCUGGACCACGUCGAGUGGGCGCUGAACGCCGCGACGAUAUCGCAGUACUUCAUAGAGCACGACAGGUUCCCGCAGGCGAGGCAUCACCUGGCCGCCGCCUCCUGCAUACUGCAGAGGUACUGGGAGUCCCUGCAGGCGAAGGGCGGCAGGGAAACGAGCGAGAGCGUUGCCGCGGAGUACGAGACGUACGAUCACAGAUCGGCGGACGUCGCCAGGUGCUGGGCGAAGUACGGCAUUGCGUUGCUCAGCGCGUCCAGGGAGAGGCUGCUGCAGAGGGCGGAACAGGAGGAUCAAUGCUCGGAGAACGCGAAAGAUCAGGAGGUUCAGAGCGUGCAGGAAGCUGCAGACCCGAGAUUCGUGGACCUAGAACCGGAGCUGGAGCCGUUCGCCGGCGAGAUCACGGAUCAGUAUCUGUUGGACUUCAACGACGCCAGGCCGGUGUUCCUGAACGUGCGCAAGUGGCUGGACAAGGCGAAGGCCUACUACACCUUCGAGAACCACGCGUCGGACUACGCGCACAUCGCCCAGGACGUCUCCCAGGCGUACAAGUACCUGGCGUUCUUCGAGGAGAACGAGGACAGGCAGGCGAGGAUGCACAAGCGGCGAGCGGACACCCUCGAGGAAAUCGUGCAGGGAUUGAGCCCGCGUUUCUAUCGCGCCCUCUGCAGGGACAUCUGGAUCGAGCUGGCGGAGACGUAUUCCGAGAUGCUCGACAUAAAGAUCGACCGUCUGCAGGCGUCGAACGAGAAGCCGACCGCGCAGACGAUAGAGAAGAUCGAGCGCCUGGCGUUGAAGAGCGUGCAGCAUUACACGUCGUACUUGGAAUCCGUGGAGGGUGGCAAGUCCAGCGGCAACGAGGUCGGAUCCUUGCCGGACGAUCAGCUGUUCCAGGCGUUGUACUCUCACUUCCACAUAGGCCGGCUGUACAACAAGAUCAUAACUGCGGACGUGCAGAAGAAGAUGGAGAAUAUGCAGAACAGCAUCAACGCUUAUAGUUUUAUCGUUCAGUAUUACGACGAGCACCCCGAGAGGCAGGAGCAAUUGAAGAAGUACGAGUUCAUAGAAUUGUCCAAGGAAUUUGUCAGUCUGCUGCCGCUUACGUUGGACAGAUUGAAGCAGCAGCAGAUGAAAGAGUAAUCUCGAAGAAGGAUCAUUAAUUUCGCUUCUUCAACCACGUGCUUCUCGUCUCGAGGAAUCGUGAAAAAAAUAUUACACCCGCUUCUGCUUCGUAGCAAUCUCCGAAUAAAAACGACUGCACGAUCCAGAAAUCUUGCAAAAAAAUUAUUUCAAAUGUAUAUUUCAUCAAAUAUACAUUGAUCAAUAAAUCUACUGAUUUGUAAUCACAUAUCAUUCAUCAUGCUAUGUUUGAUUAUUGCAAACGAAGUGAUAAAUAAAGUAUGAUUAUUUAUAUAUUCGUAACGCGCACGAAAAUCAGAUUUAGGAUGCUUUGAACGAAUUGUUACCGUCGACAAAUAAUCACGAGCGUAUCGACGAUGUUGUAUAUGUUACUAAAUAAUUUGUAAUUACUUCCGUAAUGCCUCUCGCCCUCCAACAUUAAACUUUAUCGCAAAACAUUCCUGCGCUAUGAUUGUAUAUUUAUAAAAACAUUAAAUCUACUUAUUAAGUCUUA